GCGCUGCGCGGGCGCCGCCAUCGCCGCCGCCCGGCGUUGGGUGGCUGCGCGGGGCCGAGCAGGGCCGGCUGCGGCGCGGCCUCCGUGGCACGGGGCAGGGGCCCGGGGCUGGGCUGGGCUGGGCUGGGGCUGGGCGGCUGCCGGCGGCGCCAUGGGGAAGCGGGACAACCGCGUGGCUUAUAUGAAUCCCAUAGCUAUGGCCAGAGCACGAGGUCCGGCCCAAAAUUCAGGACCAACAAUACAAGACUACUUGAACAGGCCAAGACCAACAUGGGAAGAAGUGAAAGAACAACUAGAAAAGAAAAAGAAAGGAUCCAGGGCUUUGGCUGAGUUUGAAGAAAAGAUGAACGAGAAUUGGAAGAAAGAACUGGAAAAACACAGGGAGAAAUUACUGGGUGGAAAUGAGAGUUCCUCCAAAAAGAAGGAGAAAAAGAAAAAGGAAAAGAAGAAAUCUAGUAGGUUGUCUUCAUCUUCCUCUUCUUCAUCAAGUUCUGAUUCUUCCAGCAGUGAAUCUGAUUCAGAAGAUGAGGAUAAGAAGCAAGGGAAGAAAAAAAGGAAGAAGAAGUAUCGCUCCUCACGGAAAUCUUCAACAAGCUCAACUUCUGAAUCUGAGUCAGACAGCAAGGACAGCACAAAAAAGAAGAGAUCAAAGGAAGAUCAUGAAAAAGAGAAGGAUGGCAAAAAUCACCACAGAAAAAGGAAGAAGGCAGAUCGUGGUGACGGACCUUUAUCAUCAGAAUCCUUAUCAGAAUCAGAUCAGACAGAGGAGGUGCAAGCAAAAAAGAAGAAAAGCAAUGAAGAAAAAGAGAAAGCAACAGAUAAAGCAAAAAAGAGAAAGAAGCACAAGAAGCAUGGUAAAAAGAAGAAAAAGAAGGUUGCUGGUUCAAAUUCAGAUUCAGAGUAGUAUUUAAAAAGCAAGACUAUCAACAGAAGUGCAAUGACUAAAGGAAACUUAAACUGUGAAAUGAUGACAAACUUUACCAAACUGCAUGAGUUUUCCUGUGUUCUAGAAAUAUUCCUAAUCUUUCAGUAGCCAGCCAGAUGCAGCUGUGCUGGGGAAGACCAUUGUUAUUGCCUGCUGCUUAAUACAUGAGGUACAACUUUUAUAAAAUUCCAAUAAGCAGUAUUAGAUGUUUGAAACAAUAUGAGGUGGUAGUCCAGCUGAGAUGUAAAAUAUUGGAAAGUAAGAGUUAAACUUUUUAGAUACUGAAAGUAGUGUUUUAAAGCAUUAGUAAUAGUCUUUAUUUGUAAAUCAGGACAAAUAAAAUCCCAAGUUCAUCUUGUAGGUUUAUAUUAUACAUAAACAAUUACAAGCUGGUGUCUGCGAAUGGCAUUUACAAAAUGGAAAAUUAAUGAUAACAUUUAAAAUGCUGCCUUUGUAGCAAUGUUUAUCAUCUGCCCCAUUACCAUCUUUAUGCUUUUGAGAAAGGGAAUGCUACCGUUUCGGCUAACUGAAUAGGGUGCCUUUGCCUUUGAUCCUUGCAAAUCUCUGCUGUUUUUAAUCCAUGCAGCAUCUCUGAUCCUAGGGAGAGCAGAACUAUUGUCAGCAGUUCUGGGCUUCUGAGCAUGUGCUUCUGCAUUAAGCAAGAGCAAUGACAUUUUGCAGUAUAACUGACAUUCAAAGCCAGAAGACUUUACCUCUGCUUCUUUGCAAUAGCGAUAGAUCUGUGCUAGUAAAUAUGCAUAUUUCAUUUAAUGUAAUUUUGGUUUAGUUGAACACUUCUUGCAAACACUGGUAGCUUUUUUCCUUUGCAUUAUCUUUAGAGUUGUUUUGCAUGAUUUGUACCUUUUUUUAAAUUAAUGAAAAUGCAGGUAAUCAUUUGUUGUAACCAGUUUAUGAAUUAUGUUCCACAAGCAGAGUUUCAUGUAUGUAUUUAGUUAUAGUUAAGUUCAUUGCUGUGUUUAAGUGCACACUUGCUGAAGAUAUUUAGCAUGUAAAAAGCAGGGUUUUGAUACCAUAACAGCUUCAUAUUGAAGCUGAUUUUACUCUAAGCAAGUUCAGUGGCAGACCUGUUAUGUGAUGCAUCUUGUUAAGAUUAAAAACAAAAAAUACUGCCAGAAUCUCAUUAAAGAUACUGUUUAAACAGUUUGUAUUUAUAUUUUUGUACUUGAGGGCUACAGAAUGUUGACCUAAAUCAUAAAGCUGUUUUACUUUAAAUUAGUUGCUUUAGAAAUUGAAAACACGCUUUUAUAAAUUAAAUGUGCACGCAUGAAAACACAAGCAACCAUUUGAUUUUAGUUUUUACAUGAAAUUCUCAUUAUUAGCUUCCACAAGUACCCAUUGCUGGGCCUGCUCUUAGUCUUUAACAACUGCCCACCUAUCCUGGAUGGUCAACUAGAGAUUAUUUUAAUGGUCCACUGCACAGGUGCUAACUUUUAACUUACCUCUGUUGCAUACAAUGUUUCAAAUAUUUUAUUGCCAAGAAUUUCAAGACCUUUGUUAAUGGAUAAUUAGUCUGCAAAUCAUAACUAAGAACUGGGGGAGAAAGAUGAUUUAGCAUUGUCAUUCAACAGUGAAAUUGACUUUUCUAGUAAGUUCUUAGAAAAAUACAAGUCUUGAAUUGCAGCAGUGUCCUUCUAAAAUAUGCUAAAUAUUUUGAUCAAGUAUUUUAUACUGCUGGGUUUGAUGCUACUGAUUCUAGACCCUGUUUUGUCAGUGAGGUUAAAAUAAAGGCAGUGAAUAGUAGGGGGUUGGUUUGCAGUUUUUAUUUUGUUUUUGUUUUAAGUUGUGAUGUUGCAGUUUUGGUAAAAGAACUUGUAAUGAACCAUAUCAUAAAU